CGAUGAGCGAGUUGCACGCGGCGGCAGCGGCCGGUAACACGGAGCUGGUGGAGGAGAUUCUGCGCAGCGGCACGUGCGACCCCAACGGCAAGGACCCUCACUGGAGCCAGAGGACGGCGCUGCACUGGGCGGCGGUGCAAGGAAAACCAGACAUGGUUAAACUUCUUAUCACAAAUGGAUCUCGAUCUUGCUUAAGAACUGAGACUGGAUGGACUGCGGCUCAUUUUGCUGCAGAAUCUGGAAAAUUAUCCGUCCUUCGAAUGCUGCAUUCUCUACACGCUCCUAUUGACAAAGCAGAUCUCUAUGGGGACACCCCUAAAAGAAUUGCAGAUAUAUAUGGGCAGAAAGACUGUGUUAAAUUCCUUGAAGUAGCUGAGCAAGAAUGCUCCAAUUACAGGAGAGUCGCUGAAACGACAGGUAUUGUAUUAGAUGACACAGAUGAAGAGUGGGAAAUCCAGAAAGAAGAACAACUGGCUGAAAUGAGAGCAGCUUCCCAGAAUAAGUGUAACAAAGUAUUUGGCAUUCAACAAAAGCACAAAGGCUGCACUUGUACAGUGAGACCUAAGACAGCGACUCCUAAAGGAAAGUUAUCAAAUAUUAAUAGGGCUUGUAGAAAAAAAAAGGAAAGGUAAGAUCUAGCUCCAGGUCAGGUACAAUUAGUGACCAGUUCGGCAGCAUUACCCAAGGUCAUUUAAACCGAUAGUUUCUUCUGGUGUGAAUAAGAACAAGCAGCCAACUAAACUUGAUCAAUGUAGUUUUGCACACUGCAGAAAGGCACCUGUAUUGUUAUAGGAAUAUCAUAAUUGUGUGGUGUAUAUCUGCCUUUAGUUUGUUGCAUUGCACAAAACUUUCUAUAACUGUGGAAUAAGAAUGACAUUGCAUCAGUUCUUUUGAGGAAAUUUACAGUGCAUUAACACUGAAACAUCAAUACUUCAUUGAUUGCCACUUCAAAGAUAUUCCAAGUUCUCUACUUAUUUACCUACUUUUACCACCUCUCAAAAAAAUCUAUCUUGCGUAGGUUUUCUAGAUUUUUGUCAAAUAAUGCACUUCAGUAGAUUUAUUUACAUCCAAGAAUGUGGCCCAAAGUCACUUGAUAUUGAUGUAACUGAAAUUUCAAGCUUCAUGUUUGAAAACAAUUUCCUCUUGAAACCUGCACAACACUUGAUAAAAAUUCCACAGAGUUAGUGCAUCCGUCAUCUUUUGGAUCCCUAUUCAGAUGUAUCUAUGCAUCCAUAUCCUCGUGUGUUAACAUUGUUGGGUUUGCCAGUGCCCUCCUAAGAGAUUGCUUGUGUUUAGGCUCUCUGCUUGGGUUGUGGUACCAAUUAUUGCCUUGGUGUGUGAAUACAUCAGUGAAAUUUAAACCCCUGCUCUUGCCAAAAUUCCAACCAGUGACCAGUAUCCUGUCCUCUGAUUGACCAGUAACUCUCAGUGGGCAAGACAUUUACCAUCAAGCACCUCAAUUGUGGUGGGCGGAAAGGUGGCCACUUAACUGUCUAAAAGACAAUUGAUUUUGUUGGAUUUCCAUCAUGGAACUGAGAGGGGAUUCCCACUGUUUUUUUUCUCCCACUGGUAGGUGAGAUCCCCAUCAAUCUCUCAAAAUACAACCUUGCUAACACUGACUCAGAUUAUCUACAAUUCACAAGUUCAUAUCCCUUUUAUGCAAGUUGUGGUGAUUCUUGUCAGAAACGAUGCAAGCUGUUGCUGCAUAGCAUAAUAUUUUAAUUAACAUCCCAAAGGUACUGAUUUCUGUACUUAGAUCGACAACUUAGUAGUGUGAAACAUCACAUAUGCUUUUCAAUGUCAGUUGGUACUCCAGUACUCUAUAUUGUUAUGCAAUCAUAUCCCUUAUACAAUGUAACUCAAAUUUAUUUGUUUUAGAGUCAUUACUGACUGUUCAACUAUUCUGUUGGUUUUUAAAACUCUUUAUGGUUGGAAGAUUAAUAAUGAAAAAUGUUUGAAUUACUGAUGAAAUUUUUGAUUAUUUUUACAAACUCAAUUUAAAUUUUAUAGUUACAACUGAAAAUGCCUCUUCCUGUGUUCUGAUAGUGUUGUCUGUGAUCAGUGGUUAUUUGAUGGUUCUUUUCCUCUGAGAAGGUUAAUAUAUUUCAGAAAUUGUAUAUUUAACAUGUAGACAUUUGGUUUUAUAAAUCAUUUGAUUAUGUACUAUUUACUUUCCAGUUUUAGAAACGGGAAGAUUUUUGUUGUAAUUUUAUUCUAAUUAGUUGAUUCACAAAACAAUGAAAUAAAUGUCCCAUUGACUUAC